UGCUGCUCCGACAUCCACGGCUCAAAAGCGACUAUUAAUAACAUUUUAGAAAGCGCAAAUUCACACAGAUUUGGCAACAUCAGCAUGUCACAGCGCAGUGCAGAAAACACUGACUCCAGAGAGAGACAUGCCUUCUUUGCAGCCAAUACAGCCCACAUAAAACUUACCUCGCAUGCGGCCCAAGAUGGCGACAAGGAUAGAGAAGACCAUGACCAGUCAAGGCUGCAAUCCCCUGCCGAGCAACACUCCAUUACAGGAGACAUGAUCCAACAGAUGCUGGAUACAAUGGCAGAGAAACUCCAAAAAGCGAUACACGAAGCAACAUCCGACAUUAAAAAAGAUUAG